GAGGUAUACUUCUUCUUUUUCUUUUAGUGGUUUAAACGUGCAUUUUUUGGAAAAGGAUAAUUUUUAAAAAAUUUUUGUGUUUACAUAUUUAUAAAAUGGCAUUACGCGUACAGUUUGAAAAUAAUAACGAAAUAGGUGUUUUUGCAAAACUUACAAAUGCUUACUGCCUAGUAGGAAUAGGUGGUUCGGAAAAUUUUUAUAGUACAUUUGAAGGAGAGUUGGGCGAAACUAUCCCUGUGGUACACGCUUCACUAGCAGGUUGUAGAAUUAUUGGAAGAAUGUGUGUUGGUAAUAAAAAUGGUCUGUUGGUUCCAAAUUCUACUUUUGAUACGGAACUUCAACACAUUAGAAACGCACUUCCCGAUUCAGUGAAAGUACAAAGAGUAGAAGAAAGAUUAUCGGCUUUGGGAAAUGUGAUUACAUGUAACGAUUAUGUUGCAUUGGUACAUCCAGAUUUAGACAGGGAAACAGAGGAAAUAAUAGCAGAUACCUUAAAAGUUGAAGUAUUCAGACAGACAAUUGCCAGUAAUGUGUUGGUUGGUUCAUAUUGUGUUCUUAGUAAUCAAGGGGGCUUAGUACAUCCCAAUACCAGUAUAGUUGACCAAGAAGAAUUGUCAUCAUUAUUGCAAGUGCCAUUAGUGGCAGGUACAGUAAAUAGAGGAAGUGAAGUUGUAGGUGCUGGUUUAGUAGUAAACGAUUGGUGCGCCUUUGCUGGUAUGGAUACAACAGCUACAGAACUCACAGUUAUAGAGUCUGUCUUUAGAUUUAAUGAAGCUGCACCAUCCAAUAUUACAUCAAGUAUGAGAGCCAGUUUAAUUGAAAGCAUGUCUUGAACUACCAUAAAAGGUUCAUAAAAAUGAUUGAAGUCCCACGUUUUAUAAUAUGUACUAAAAACUUGAUACAUAAUAUAUAUUGUAAUUGUAAAAAUUGAAAAAAAAAUCAAACUUUUCUAUA